AUGGAUCUCACCCCUCCCCCCGGCAUAGAUCUCAAUGAGUCGCAUCAGUCCGAGCUCCUAUGGUGGGAUGACUAUAUCAUGUGUGUUGCAUUGGUGUUUGCCACAGGCAAUUAUGUCGACAUGAUAUUCUGGAUUCAACGAGGUGUCGGCACUCAUAUCUAUCCGUUAGGACUGACUGGCGUCUCGCACUUCUAUAUGAAUCUAUUCGUCUGCGAGAUCCUCUACACCCUAUCUCUCUGCUUCACCAAAUACUCAAUCUUGCUGUUUUUCUGGCGCAUCUUCAAUCGUACCAACAUCCGCAUUCCGAUAUAUAUUAUUGCAACUGUGGUCACAGGCUGGGGACUCGGUGUAAUCCUAACGACAGUCUUACAAUGUGUGCCUAUCCAAGGGCUUUGGGAUUACUCCGUCAAGGCCCAAUGCGGUGUGAACAUCAGCGACUUUUUCAUCGGCAACGCAGUCCCAAAUAUCAUCACAGAUUGGGCUCUGUUGAUUCUUCCCCUACCAUAUGUGUGGAAGAUCCAUCGAAAUACACCUCAAAAGGUCGCGCUUUGUGGAGCUUUUGCAGUGGGAGGAUUCAUUUGCAUCAUCUCAAUCAUUCGGUUAGUCGUCAUGUUAGACUCAUACAAAACACCCUCCGUCGACGUAACAUGGGUUUUCAUUGGUCCCUCCACUUGGACGGCUGUGGAAACUAAUAUUGGCAUUGUAUCUGCGGGUCGUAAGGAGACCACCGACGAUGACACGCAUAAGCUAUCCAGCUGGUAUGGACGCUCGUCGGCAUCGGCAAAGAGCGGUGACCGUUCCUGCUACGACAAUCACACGGCUGGCAUUGAUGUGACAACAAGCGUGGAUAUUGAGAGUUACCAGCGGCAUAAGGAUAACAUGUUUUAA